AUGAACAAGAAAAAUCCAACAGAAGAGUUCUCCUGGAGAAAAGAAACUAACAAAAACGAAAUCAUCAAAAGGUUCUAUGCAGCUGGAAACUAUUAUUCUGGAAAAUAUAUUGAAGAGCUCAAAGAACUCACUGGAAAAAAUGCGAGAGCUAUUAGCACUUAUCUCGGACUUUUGAGAGAUCGCGACAGAAAGGAAGGAAAAAUCAUUCCAGCACCGCCAAAGGAUCGCAGAUUUCAUAGCGACAAAAUUACGAAAUUUCUCGAAAGAGCUUUUGCAAAAAGUUCUGAUUUAACCGAAAAAGUCUAUGAAGUACUUAUGAAGAAUACGGGCCUUUCUAGAAGACAGAUCGUCGCAUGGUACAGCUACCAUAGAAGAAGAAACUCUGGAAUCAUUCAAAACCUUGAAAAAGAACGCCGUAAAAAGCAAAGAGAAGAAAGACAGAAGAAAAAUAUCAAGUCUAAAGCUAUAAAACUGUUUCUGGAAAAUCUAGAAAAUUUCAAGACUGAUCGAGAAUCUACAAUGAAAAUUCUGAUGAAAAAGACUGGACUAAUGCGUUCUGUGAUUUCUAGAUGGUUCUAUAAUCAAUCCAUUCCCAUUUCUUCGCCAUUAAAACAACAAUUUACCGUUACUUUGAAACCUCUCGGAAAAAGAACUGCUGAUGUCCCAACUAUAGAAUAUUCACUCGAGGAAGGAGCUCCUCCUUUGAAAAAGGCCAGAAUUGAUAACACAGACUUCGAACCAAACCCCAAAUUCCAGAAAUUCAACCAGGAAAAGAAAUCAGUUCCUGAGCGUCGAAGCACUCGUCGCACCACCAGGACUAAAAAAUUUGCUGACGAAAUUUCGAACGAAUUAGUUAUUCCUAAAAAUCAGUUGGCCAGGAAGCCGAAAAGGAAAACCGAUAUAAAACCUAUCGAUAAAGUUUGUGAUCGGAAAAAGGAUGAAAUUCCAGAGAAAGAAAUCGGUGAUUUUGGCGACGAAAACAUGAAACCGUUGCAAGAAGAAUCCGAUGAAUUCGAGGUGAAGAAAGAAAUCAAACUGGAGGAAGAAGACUAUGACUAUGAUAUCGCGGAAGGCGCUCAAAAUUUGAGUGGAUUGGCGAGCUACUAUUACUGA